CAAUGGGUUCCAUAUGUUGACUGAAUACCAAAACCCGCCAUCUUGUUGUGACUCCUUUACGUGCGUGUAAGAGUGACUUCAAGGGGGAUCCAGUCACGUUUUUACUUUAUUUUAUUAUUAUUAUUUUUUUUUUAUAGGCUAGAAGGAUCCCAGCAGACGCUUUAAAUCUGGCAAGUUGGUCUUUUUAAUUAAUUUCAGCCAUCACUUCUGGACUAAAGUGUUAAACGAAACGGAGAUGAGUAUCGAGACGCUAUUAGAGGCUGCGAAGUUUUUGGAAUUGCAAGCCCAGCAACAACAGAAAGCACGUGAAGAAAAUGAGCUUCAGGAAAGGCGACGCCGCGAACAGGAGGCGGAGAAGCGAAGGGUAGAAAUUAACUCUUAUACACAGCCUGUACGAAUGAGCCACAUGACCUGGAUGGAGGAGUCCGGUCCAGCGCAUCACAACAUCCCUGCACCGCCCCCGCCUCCUCCCCUUCCCCCCACUAUGCCCAUCACGGUCAUCCCCAUCCCAGUAGUGUCCUCCACUCCCUCCGCCAUCCCCCCACCCCCCACCACAGCUGUCAUCUCCUUGGCAGCACCCUGCCUCACUCCUCCAAGAAAAGAUGCACACUCACUGCCAAACCAGCAGACACUGCACCAGCGCCCCAUCAUCUCAUCUCAGGUGAAGGCAGAGCCAACAUUACUGUCUCCAUCCAGUGGCAACAAACCAUCCCCACCCCAGCAGAUCCAGACCUUCACGGGCUCCAUUAUCACAACCCCUCAGCAUGCACUUCCCCAGCCUGGACCUCUUCCAACCCAGACCAGCCCUGCAUCCAGAGGCAGCCCAACAGAAGACCGUAAUUUGGAUGGCAAGAAGAGACCUGGAGGGGCAGGAACAAGAGAAGUGCACAACAAACUCGAAAAAAACAGACGUGCACACUUAAAGGAGUGCUUUGAGACCCUUAAGAAGAACAUCCCUAAUGUUGACGAGAAGAAGACCUCCAAUCUGAGCGUUCUGAGAAGUGCUCUGAGAUACAUUCAGACUCUGAAGAGGAAGGAGAAGGAUUAUGAGCAUGAGAUGGAGCGAUUGGCACGGGAGAAGAUCGCUUUGCAGCAGAGACUUGCAGAGCUGAAGAACGAGCUGAGCCAACAGUUGGAUGUGAUUGAGAUUGACCGUGUUGUUCGACAGACUGUCCAACCAGAAGAUGACCAGGCCUCAACCUCCACUGCCUCAGAAGGCGAAGACAACUUUGAUGAAGAUAACGAAGAUGAGAGCUUGUCAGCUUCGCCCACAGCCUUACCCAAAGUGCCUUCUGCGCUUCAGUCAGAGUUAAAGAAGCCCCGGCCUGCCCCCUCCUUCAUAAUGCAGCACAUCUCUAUCCCACACAAACUCUCUAAGACUUUGCCCACCAUUACCACAGCUCAGCUAUCUCCUGUCACUGCUGCUGCCCCAAUUACAGCUCCUACUUUGCUCCCAACUUCUGCACACCCUCCUAACGGUCCAGCAUCCACUCCUGCCUCCCAGCAAUCACAGGUAGUGGUGGCCCCCUACACCCUACCUCCUGCUCAUACCCAUAUAGUGACUACACCCAGCCUCCAGCCUACUGUCAUUGCCCAUGCCGGAUCGGCUUCACACGCCUCUGUCAUCCAAACAGUCAACCACGUCAUCCAGCCAGGCUCCAAGCACGUGGCUCACAUCGCCGCCUCCACCUCCAGUUCUGUGCAGCUGGCCCCUGGACCUCAGUCCUUCAGCCAAAUCACGGUACACCCAGUGGCCCACCUACCUACAAUCUACCCUCAGCCUGUUACUGUCACACAGCCUGCUGUCAUGAGCCAUAUCGCACACACACUCUCCCACAGUCAGACGAAUGGCAUGUCAGCCCCCAGCACACAGGCCACCGUGAUGGGAAAGCAGACGGCCAUGGGCACCCAGGUGGUCACCCAUCACCCUCAGCUGAUGGGCCAGACCGUCCUUAACCCAGUCACCAUGGUAGCCAUGCCCUCCUUCCCAGUCAGCACACUAAAGCUGGCCUGAGGUGCUGACAUUCCCACCCAUAGAUAGAAUAUACACAAUUACAAGGUGAUGAACCCCAAAGCCACAUUCAGCAUUGCAAUCAAAUGAACUCUAAAUCUACAGGACUCAGUACAUUCCAAAUGACAAGAAAGUAUAUAAAGACUCUAAGCAAAACAAAGAAAUUUAUUGAAUGUCUAAUGCUAUAUAAUGAUAUAUAAUAAAAGACAAAAAGAAAUACUAUCUUGGGCGAACACAGAGUUUGAUGUCUAGAGCGCUUGUGUGCUGCUUAGUAUGUGUGUUAGGCACUGUAGUGGAGUGUUUUAUGAUGUAACCGUGGUCCGAUCUGAAUUUACAACUACUCUCAGUCAGCGUAUUGUCUGACUACUGAUUUAAAUGACUUGAUGAUAUAGAAACACCCAUUAUACCUCACAAUGGGCUCCUCCUCAGCUAACAUAACACCUCAAAUGAUUAUCCCUCUCAGCACCACUAGAACAGGUAUAAUGUAAAAAAGGACUCAGAUUCUAGUUCCUACGGUUCUGUCUGUCCAAUGUCCACUGACCUGGUCACUUUGGUGUCAGCCUUCAAAUGUUUAGAAAAAACAUGUGGUUGAUGCUAGACUGUAGCAUCAUAAUUUGACCCUGUCCCAAAUGCACUAGAGUCUAAAUUUUGCCUGGACUAUCAGUAUAAUCUGAAAGUAAGAAAAUAUGCUAUUUUUAGGCGCACAUUCUAGAGUUAAUGUCUUUAUCAAAAAGGUGAUUGGCCCUCUUUAACCGUAAGGGGACAUUUACAACGAAAGUGUUUUGUGUUGGUCUGCGCUGUUUGUCAGUUGUUUUUUCUAUGUAAACAUGCGCUUGACAGCAGAGACUAUUUAGCUUGAUACGGAGCACUUGCAGUAAAAUGAAUACGAGAAAUUGGAAUGCCCAACAUGGUGGAUGUAGAAAUGGAAGUCCCACCUUACAGGUAAAAGAGCCAAUCACCUUUUAGAUACAGACAUCGUCUGUCAAUCACCUCAAGGACGAGCAUGCACAUUAGCUUGACCAGCCUGAAAGAGCUGCUGUUUUAGCAUGAUCUGAGCUAAGGAAGAACAAUUUAUGAUACCAUUGAUUUCGGAUUUUACUUAUGUUAAUUGUUUGUAGUCUUAACUAACAAUUUUGGAGAUUUUUGUCUUUCCCCAUUGAAGAAAAUAGGAGCUUACUUUUAUGCCACUUAUAUCCAUAGGAAAUAGCUGCCUGGCAGCAUUCCCAAGAUGGCUGACGAGUCGACUUGCCUUGAAAAAGACUUUGCUUGAUGUCUUUGACCAUUGCUCAGCAUCUUGCUGUAGUUUUUUUCCACACAGAUUGCUGAUGAUGAAAUUUGAUCAGCAAUGCGGACGAAAAAAGUAUUCUUUGGCCUUAAGCAGGGACUUCCAUUCCUACAGCCAUCAAUACGAGUGAACCGUCUCGACCUACAAAGUCUCUGGUAAUAAAUGGUCUGAUAUUUGGUCCACCACUCUGAAAAUGGAUGCAUCAUGGAUGUAUCAAGGGUGCUUGUGAGUGCCCUUCUGAAACCUAAAAUAACAAAUGAGACACCCCUACGGUUUUGUGGACUUCACAGAUGCUCUAAGAUAUAAGAUAGCAAGUCUACAUAUGGACAAAACGUACAGUAGUUUGAAACACCUGGACCAUAUUUCAAGUUUUUAUAUGAGUUUAUGUAAAGUUAUUGUGCUCUAGCUGGCAUAGAGACUAUUGCUUGUGACUGUCAUGUGAGUCAUUGGAGGGAAUCUGACAGCAGUGCCUUAAACAUUGUCAAUCUGAUUCCUGUUCAAUGCUGCACAGACGCCCCCUUUUGUUCUUUUUCUGUAACUGCACUCAUUCAGAAAAAAAUAUAUUCGGUAUCAAAGCCUCCUACUCUGCCUAUAGCCCAGUGGUGUAUGAAUUCAGCUCCUGUUGCCCAUCUUCGAAAGGUUAAACAAAAAUCAAAUAGCCAUUAAAUUGCAACGGAGGGUGAAAAAAGACUGAAACUUAUUGUAAAUGUAUUCCAGAAAUUACAGUAGGUAAGCAUUCAGUGUCUUCAUCUUGCCCGUGAUAAUGACAUAUUUAUGUGGGCUGGAAAGUCAGUCAGUACAUGGUUGUUAUUUUGUUUUUAGGGUGCAUGUAGCUGAUGUCAUGAGUGUUUAAAUAUAUGUGCUAUAAUUCUAUCAGACACAAUGUAAGGCAUGAUGUAGUUGUAUGUGUGUUGCAAAGGCACAUCUUUUGGUUACGGAGAGUUUUAUGGGAGUCAGAGGGCAUGGGCAGGGAAAUGUCCCGCACCAAGCUUGAGAUUAUCAGGAAGGUGUCCCGUGUCUGUAUUUAACCGCACUGACCGAUAUACAGAUCUGCAGGUAGAGCACAAGCUGAGUACUAAGAGAUUUGAUUUAAACUAACACUGUGAUACUUCUCAGUUGUCCCAUAAAAGCAAACCAGGUUUACAAAUCAGCCUAGCAUUUAUAUUGAGAGAAAGAGUCCCUGCAUUUGUCUAGUUUUUGUUAGCGUGUGAGAAUUAUUAUUAUUAUUAUUAUUUUUUUUUUUUUAUGGUUUUAAUUUGUCAAGUUUUAGUUUUGUGUAUUUACACGAGUAGGAUGUACACAUGAAUUCUUAGAUGUACGUGGUUGUUUUUGCAUGUAGAUGGAUGAAUUCUGUUUGAACGAUAACUUUGAAAAUGUUUUUUUUUUCUGGGACUAUGUAUAGUACUGUAUAUGUUUUCAGACCUCUUUCUACACUGAUAUUAUAUAUAUACACACACACACACACACACACACACACACAUAUAUAUAUAUGUAUGUCUGUGUAUAUCUAUAUAU